UCCGUUAAUAAAAUAUUACUACUUCUAACGAAUGAAUUUAACGGCCAGACAUAGUGUGAACAGUGUUCACUCUGUCUACUAAGGGAAAAAUAUCGUCAUCAUAUGCUGAUUCAGUAAGAAAAAUAUAUGGUAACCAUUUGCACAUUUACAUCGCGUCAGGCUAGCGGUCAACGUGCUCGUAGGCCAUUUGUUUAUAAAAGUCGUAAAUUUCGUAUCGCUAUCAGUUUUAUCCUUACUCAGUAAGCGUGCAGAACCUUUUUAGAACAGUUGCUUAAGUGACGUGAAAAAUGUCUCUACUCGAAGGACCAUCGAGUAAACAGGAAGAGAUGAUAAAGCAGGAACUUGGGGAGAAUCCCGGUGAUAUUGAGAGGGGCGUUAUAGAUCUCCGAAGUAUGUGUGCUGCCAACCCUCACCUGCCACGACCGGAUGCUAUUGAUAACCACAUAUUCGAAGUAUUUCUCCGCGGGUGCAGGAUGAACUUUGAGCGAGCGAGGAAUAAAUUUGAAGCGUUUUGCUACGCAAGAUGCCGUUACAGAGACCUAUAUAUUCAUCGGUCGCUUAAUGAACCUCCACUCAGCGAUGUCGCAAAGUUCUUGGACAUAGUGCCUCUUCCGAAGCUGACUGAUGAAGGUCUGCGAGUUACAGUCUUUAGAGUACGACCAGGAUACCCUGAAAACGCUGUUGACAUCACAUCGGCUGUAAAGGCAAUCCUACUCAUCUCUGAUUCAAGGCUGUUUGAUGAAAAACUUAUAUUAGGAGAUGCAUUUAUUUGGGAAGCGAGCAACGUCCGUGCUUCAAUGGCGGCAUCUGUAGCGGGUGGUGCGAACGCAAUCCGUCGUAGCAUAUACUUAGCUCAGGGCGCGUAUCCGCAACGUAUGCGCAGAAUACACGUAGUGGGAGCGGCUGGCCUUGUUGCUUCUUCUCUGAACCUUAUGCGGUCUUGUGUCAACGAAAAAGUUCGCAAUCGGUAUUAUCUACACAACAAGAUAGAGGAACUCUUGGACCACUUCCCAGCUCGCAUGUUACCGAUGGAAUGGGGUGGCGAGGAAGAAUCAUUUGACGUGCUUACAAAAAAAUGGCAGCAACGCGUAGAAGAAGUCAGGGACUACCUUCGUAAUUUUAACGAACUUUGCCAAGUUGCGCCUGAACCGAAAUACGACAAUGAUAUCUAUGGAACCGCCGGCGCGUUUAGAAAACUUGAAAUCGACUAAUAUACGUAUUUUGACAUUUACAACACUCGGUAAUUUUUCAUAUCGACCAAAAAAGUAAUAAUAGCGAAGUAUCGGUUUCGUAGAGCGUUAUUUCCGUCAUAAUUACCUAAGUCGAAACAAGCGUGGCUGGUGAUCAUUCGCGCACCACUUUUGGUAUGAAAAAAAUUAAUAUAAUAAUAAAAUUUGCCAGAACCACUGCAGCACUUUAGGUAGGUGUGGUAUAUAUAACGAAAUUAUAGAAUAAACUGCGUUGGUUUGAUAAAAUUUUAUUAAAAGAAAAAAUUUGGGCUUAUAUUUUUUAUAAGUAAUUUUAAUGUAUGUUACUAAUAAUUUAGUUUAAGUUUUGAUCAUAUUUGAUUAGUAAUAGAAAUACUUGAAACAGUUCAUGAAUAUUAAAGUCGAUACCAUAUAGUUAGCUCUACAAAGCCAAUACUGGGAAAUUAAUUUCAAAGGUCAAAGUGCAAUAUUUUUCGCCGUUUAAGUACUGUUAGGUUUAACACAGUGUCGCUAAUUGCUCAGUUUUACUAAAAUAUUAACAAAUCUGGACAGUAUUGAGCUCCUACCGACUUGUGUAUACAAUGCGUCUAAAUACGCACGAAUAAAUAUUAAACGUAAUAGUUGAUAAUUAUAUAUAUUAAUUAGGUUAGGUUAGUAAUUAAAUAGCCUUAAAUAUGUUUGUGCUAUGUUAUUUAAAAAGUAU